AUGCUUAAUUAAGAAAAUUACAAAAUAUAACAAUUUUUAGUACAUCUGUUCAAUGUUGAUACAUCGUAUUCUACAUGCUUUCAUAUAACUGAGCCAAUACUGUAUCAAGUUUUUAUUGAAAAAGAUCAUGAAGAAAAUUAAAAAUAAGAUUUCACAUCAUUCGUUGAAUAGUACCAAAUGAUAUAUAGAAAGGAAUUUAAACCUUUAUCUAGAAUUACUCAUUUGCAUUUAUAAAGUUUAGACAAUGUAAAACCAUAUAAUACAUAUUCUUCAAAUUCUUAUAUGUGGAUUAAAGCAAAAUAAAAAAAAUUAAAAUAACAAACAAUAUAAAAAUCAAGAGAAAAAUCGUUAUCCACUUAGACAUAGUCAAGAUUUAGCAAACCAAUUCUUUAUGAAAGUUUAUAAAUAAAUACGCCAAGAUAAAUUAAAAAUAACUCUUUGAUUAAAUCUUCAAGAAUACAUAAAAAGAGUUCGGAUUGCAUUAAUUUUGAAUUGAAUUCUAGAAAUAGAAGUUAAAAAUUUGAUUAAAAAUAAAGUUUAAAAACUCCCUAAUUUAAAUAGCCAAGAUUAUCUUAAUCAAAAGAGAAAGAUUCUUUAAAAAAUCUAAACAAUUCUUAACAAUUUAUUGGAAAGAGUAAAAUUAAUAAUAUAUAAGUUCAAGAUUAAAGAGCAAGAAGUUUAUCUGGAACAGAAAAAUUAGCAGCUCAUUAAUUAAUAAUAGGAACUAUUAAUGAAAUCAAUUAAUUGAAACAUAAAAUGGAAGACCCAAAAUUAGGUCGAAAUUAAUCUGAAGAAAGUCCUUCUUUAUAAGUGCCUUCUAGAUUAGGAAUUGCACCUACUAAAUUAAUUUCUAUAGAUGUUAAAAAAUAUAAAUUAAAAUGA